GCCGAGUAGGGCAGAAAUGUGGGCGCGGGCUGCGCGGCUGGUCCUUCGGUCCCGGGUGAGCGGACGCCGGGGUUUCACUUCCAAGGCAGAUCCUCAGGGAAGUGGGCGAAUCACCGCCGAGGUGAUCGAGCACCUGGAGCGUCUAGCGCUCGUGGACUUCGGCAGCCAAGAGGCCGUGGCACGGCUGGAGACAGCCAUCUCCUUUGCCGACCGGCUCCGCGCCGUGAACACGGACGGGGUGGAGCCCAUGGAAUCAGUUCUGGAGGACAGGUGUCUUUACUUGAGAUACGACAAUGUGGUAGAAGGCAACUGUGCUGAAGAACUACUACAAAACUCCCGUCGAGUCAUGGAGGAGUAUUUUGUGGCCCCCCCAGGUAACAUCCCUUUGCCAAAGCUGGAUGAACAAGAGCCCUUCUCACAGAGCUGAGUAGCUAUUCCAGGAAGGGGUAUCCUGUGAACACAUGGAAGCAUCAUAGUAUUGUUAUUAUGAACACUAAAGUUCCCACUUCCUUCAGUAACCUGAAAAAAAUUGAUGGUUAAGUAUUUUUUUUUAAGUAACCAACUCUUCUGAAAACAGACCUGGGAAAGAUUUAGCCAAAACAAGGCAAUGAGUUCCUGACACUAUUGGAAGUAAAAGGUACUGUCAAUUUCCAAGGAAAUAUUCAGUUUGGAAGAUAUCACUUGCCUUUAUGUCCUCCCACAAAGACUGUCUACCCAACUUCACUUAAAUGAAUUUUUCUAUUUAUGUAACUUUUAGACAUUGCAUCUGAUCACACCAUGUGACAACCUGAGCUGUCCUUUUUAGUUGCUAUUUCCAUAGACCUGAGCAAUAUUUUUUCUUUACUUAACAUACCUGAAUUUGUUCCUGGGUACCCACUUUGUUUCGAACAGAGGGCUAACUUUUUGCUAAGGUCUGAAGAGUGUUCAAAGUAGACUAUAACUUUGGUACUCCUGGACCUAGAACCAUCUACCACCCCACAAAGUGAUUAUAGGCAAAAGGUGUAGCCACACCUACAGUUUCUUUCUGAAGAGAAUUUAUAAAAAUACUUCUGGAAUAGCUAACAAUACUUAUUGUAUAUUAAAAACAUGCUAAGAGUGUAGAUCUUAUGUUAAAUGUUCUUACCACAUAUGGGAUAGGUAUGUUUAUGGCCUUGAUGGUGGUAGUUUCAUGGAUGUACACUUAAUCCCAAACUCAUUAAGUUGUAUAUAUUAAACACAGUUUACAUGUUGAUCAUAGUCCAAUAAAGUGUUUUUUUGGUUUGUUUAGUUUUUUAAAUAUAGCCCUAAGCCUGGGACAAAGUAGACCCCGACCCCCAUGAUCACUGAAUUGAACAGAACCCAAGAUGAUGCGGGCCAGGAGGGAGGCUGUAUUUCAGGUGUUUGUUUUUGUUUUGAUUUGUUUUUAAGCUCACAUAGCUCACAGAGAAUGAACUGGUGGUUGCGGGGAGAGGCGGCAGUUUGGGGACUGGGUAAAAAGGUGAUGGCAUUAAGAAGUAUUAAUUGGUAGUUACAAAAUAGGGGAUGUAAAAGUACAGGAUAGGGAAUCUAGUCAAUAAUAUAAUAACUAUGUAUGGUGCCAGGUGCAUACUGGAAAUAUCAGGGGAACACUUUGUAGAAAGUAUAUGAUUAUUUAACCACUAUGCUCUACACCCAAAACCAAUACAAAAUAAUACUGGAAGUAAACUCUAAUUGGGGAAAAAAAAAGAAA